AAAGCAGUUCAGCCAGUUGCGCCGUGGCGAGCGCUUCGUUGGCGGCUCCCGAGCGAAAGGAUCGCAACUCGGGAGUCCUGAAACAAAUCGGUGUUCGCGAAAAAUCCGUAUAUCAUGGCGGUACAGUGGUGGCUGCUUUUCGUGGGGGCAGUUCUGGUCUUACCGCCCAGUUACCACUUGGCCACGCCCUCCGGCGGCAGCGGUCAGUUGCGCCGCCUUUGGCUGCAGGAUCAUUGCAGUGCGGGUAUUUGUACCAAUGUGGUGAUCGGUCGCAGUGACUAUGUGAUCCUAUCACAGUCACCCAUUUCGGGCACCACAAUGCUCACCUUUCUAAACUCGAGCAUUGCCAAGAUACCGCACCUGUUGUUCGAUACUUUUCCGGAUCUGCAAGUGCUGCGCAUGGAGAACUGUUCGCUGGAGACCUUCGAGAAACCGCAGUUCGAGGGUGCCAGCAAUCUGAUGAGCUUGUUUCUGGGACAUAAUCGAUUGAAGGAUAUACCCAAGAAUAUAUUCUUGGGGGCCGACAAUCUGGCCACCUUGCACCUGCAGGGAAAUCAAUUGAAGCAGUUGGGAAAUCACAGUUUCCAUGCCUUGAAAGAGGUGAAGGAACUCUCACUGGCGGAAAAUCAACUGGAGCAGAUUUCUCUCGGAGUUUUCACUGGCAUGCGAAAACUAUUGGAUCUAAAUUUAGCUGGCAAUCGAUUGGAGGCUCUGCCAAGAGGCAUCUUCGAUCGGAAUUUGAAUCUAACCAAGUUAAACCUGGCCAGGAAUCGGUUUACCGCCUUCGAAUCGGAACUUUUGAAGCUACAGCCCGUUUUCACUCAGCUGGAUAUUUCUGGAAAUAUCUUCCAAGAGCUGACACUCAACUUCAGUUCGCUGGACGUGGCCAUAGCUCAUAGUUGCGAUUUGAGGAGGCUAACCGUUUACGGAGUGGUUCAUGAACUCGAUUUGCAUAAUAACUCGCUGAGGGAAAUGCCGCACAUUCCGCUGGCCGCCAAUGUGAGCAGUUUGGAUUUGUCGCAAAAUCCAUUGGGGAAUCUUCAGGGGAAUCCCCUGCGGAGAUUCACCUCUCUGCUGCGUUUAAAUCUUUCGACGACCAGUGCCCACGAGCUACCCGAGGGAUUGUUCAAGAAACAGAGCCAUCUGCAAAUGCUGGAUAUAUCGGGAAAUUCCAUAUACUCGUUGAAGAUCACAAUCUUUGACAGUUUGAAGGCGCUGCAGUAUUUCUACUUUCAGCAGAACAACUGGAACUGCGAUUUCCUGCAACUGCUAAUGAGUUCGUUUGUGAAACGCAAGGAUAUAUCCUUUAUGGAGGAUAUAACUGCUCCCGAACUGGUGGAUGAUUAUGUGGAUGGCAUUGCCUGUUGGUAUGAGAGCGAUAAGCAGUCCAAGAAGUGUGAAUCUGGUGGAUCGGAUGCUGCCAUGGAGCUAUCGGUGGUGCGAAAUGAGAUCAAGACCUUUACAGAGUUGGUGGAGAAGAAGUUCAUCAAGGUCUAUCGUAUGUUGGAGGAGCUGAAAAUGAAGCUAUAACCGGGAUCGAAUUAAAUUCCUAACCAUAUUUAUCAAAACAUAUUUAACCCACAUAUUUAACCAACUAUUUAAUCAUAUAUUAUAACCGUAUUUUAAGUUAUUUGACACACGAAAGCAACAAAUGGAUAUUUUAAGAUAUUUUACUAGAACCAAUAAAGCACCACUUGGAACUCUAGGUAAAAA